CUUGCAUCUGAAUGCAGUAUUUCCUAAACUAUUCGAAUUCGGUAGGUCCGCUCAAGGGUUUCGGACCUACGAUGAGGUGUUGUUGCAGCUAGAAACAAACAAAUUAAAUAUAGAAUAUUGCUUCUUGUAGACAUCACUGUGGUUCAUUUUCUUACCACUAGACUACUAUGCACGUUGCAUUUCGCCGAUGUUUUGCUUCCUAUCUUACCUUGUCUAUGGUAAGUCUUCUGUCACAGUCAUAUGUUUUUGCUUGACACCGAAGUACACAUAACCUUCAAGUUUGUUUACAUUAAACAAAUGAAGAAAUGCUCAGGGCCGUUAGAUGAAUUGAAAAUGUCGAAUUUGCUUACCUUUCACGAUGAUUCGUUAUGGAAUAUUUCUAUUAUCCAUACUACUAUUCUUCAACGGUUUCUUUCCCAUUUCAAAGACUUCUCAAAGCUUCAAAAACGAUCCGCCAAAAGAUAUGCUACCAGUGAAUGACACAUACGCCCCCGUGGUAUCCAAAUUAGUCCUUGUUGUGAUAGAUGCUCUACGUUUAGACUUCGUUAACUCCCAAUUAAUGCCCUUGACAUCAAGACUAAGCAGAGGAAAUGGUUGUUCCAAUAAUGUAUCUGUGCAAACUCCAACAGUUACAAUGCCCAGGAUCAAAGCACUAAUUGCAGGAAAUGUACCACAGUUUAUCGACAUUGUUUUGAAUCUUGCUAGUACAGAACAGUUAAAGGAUAGUUUAAUUCAUUCCGCUUAUAACAGCAACAAGAAAAUAGUAUUUUAUGGAGAUGAUACAUGGCUGAAGUUGUUUCCAUCCUAUUUUUGGAGAUACGAAGGAACAAACUCUUUUUAUGUAAGAGAUUUUGAGGAAGUAGACCAUAAUGUAACCAGAAAUGUCCUCAAGGAAAUAGAAGUAAAAGACUGGGAUAUCAUGAUCCUACAUUAUUUAGACAAGAAUUCGUGUUCUAAUAUGGAAAUAUUGCUAGUUACGGGAUAACCUACGAGUAGUUCCCUCUCAAAUUCUAAUGGACCGGUGGGCUGUCCAGGAGACUUCCCAUGUUGACAAUUGGUAGAAGGGUCAUUAUAGAUUACAUCACUCGUGACCGAACAAGUCGGAACUUCACUGGUGUCAAACAAAUUUUUAGUCACUUCUGGAAUAUCCAGAACCAAAAGAUUUUCAUUGGAAGAUGGCGUGUGGCAUUCGUUUGUGGAUACAAAAGACAUUAUUUUCAUCGUCCUUGAAUGAUAGUUUGCCAUUUUCCUGUAACAGAAACAAAAUGCCACUAUGAGUAGAUACUUAACUGAAAUUAACAAAUAUCUAAUCUUGUCUUAGCAAAGACUAGGUUUAAAAAUCAAAAACUAAAAAAAUUUUGUAAGAAUAUGUAAAUGACAUUAUAAGUAAACAAAUAAUACAGUUUAUAUCUUGAAAAUUAUCCUUCUCUUUGUAACCAGAGC